AUGUUGCGCACCUCCACACUUGCGGCCUUACUGGCACAUCGGGCGUUUGGUUACGACCAGGUCCUCGGAUUCAACAGCGCCGUGCAGCGCGAGAACCGUACACUUGAUGAGAUCUACCAGGCUGCUCUAGCAGAGGGCGACGUCGUCACGGUUUGGCACGGCGGCGACGAAAAGCACCAGCAGGACGGGUUGAAAGGGGCGUUUGAGGAGAGGUUCCCAGGCAUCACCCUCAACAUCACAGUUGACUUGUCAAAGUACCACGAUGUGAGGCUGGACGAGCAGCUCGCAGCUGGCAGUGACGCUGUGUACGUGGAUAGCGUCAUUCUUCAAACCCUGCACGACUACCCUCGAUGGGCACAAGAGGGCGCCCUGUUAAACUACGCACCCAACGGUUUCGACGAGAUUGAUGGUACUUUCAAGGAUGACAAUGCGGCCUGGUAUGGUCUCUUCUUUUUCUUCUGGUCCGGGGCCAUUAAUACACAGAAGCUUCCCGGAGUCGAGGCAGCUACCGAGUGGGAAGACUGGUUGCGCCCAGAGUUCAAGGACAAGCUUGUCCUGACAUACCCCAACGACGACGACGCCGUGCUUUUCGCCUUCAACCUGAUCUUACAACAGUAUGGCAUUUCCUGGUUCGAUGCCCUGCUCGAGCAGAACCCGCAGUGGGUGCGUGGCACCGCGACACCAUCGACAAUCGCUGGCCAGGCCAACAGCACUCGAGCAGCCUACUUCGCCGCUGGAGGAGGAUUCGGCGCCAGCCCUCCCUUCAACUUCACGCAUCCCACGACUGGCAAGUACGUCUCUUGGGCUCAGCAAGGUGCCAUUCUGAAAGAUGCACCCCAUCCUGAGGGAGCCAAGCUCCUCCACAACUUCAUCCUCAGCCCCGAGUACCAGGCUCAACUUGGCACCUGGCCGAUCCGACGCGAUAUCCCGGCACCUUCAGGAUUCCCCGAUCUUCAAAGUGAGACGGCGACCAACCCGGCCGGCUUCCAGAAGUUCAUGGCGGACCGAGCAUUGGUCGAGAGACUCAGGUUCUUUUUUGAGAGUCGCAUUGGUUCUGCUCAAGGACUGAGCCCUCUUGAAGACGACAUCUAG